AUGUGUGUGAGUGCAAGCAAGGCAAAGCAACUUGAAAAGGUUGACGACGGAUGUGUGGUGGAGAUGGCGUUUGAGAACGCGAAAGGUGCCCUCGACAGUCGAAGUCUAGAGCCUGAGUCAAUCCUUCUCAAUGGUACCGACCAGGUCAUUAUCCGUGACAAUGUCAUUGUCAUGGAUAUUGACAACCUCCUAACUGGUUGGCCGACUUAUGAGAUCAACUUUACCCCCGAGAAUCCGGGCCCAUUGGCAUAUCCUGUCAAGAUGGUCCGCAUCGAGGAAUCUACAGAUAGCGAGGCGGAGUUGUUGAUUCCAGGCAAACCCAAACGGAAAAGAACCCCAUUGAGUGAACGCGAGAGCAAGAAGAUUAAGUUCUCGGCAGAUACCAUCAAGAUCACAGAAGAUCUUGCGGGCCUCAAACUCACAGUCCCAGAGUUCCGGGCAAAGCCAGUGCGCUUGGUGGGGAUCCCCAAAAAUCCCCCGCCACUCAAACCUAAAUUCGACGGCAGCAUCGCUUGGCCACCCCGCCGCCGUCACCAUUGCAGGGACGUGGAAGACAACUGA